GUUUGUAACCAUUCAGCAGCCUGGCGCCGCAGAGAGCACAUCAAGCGAGAGCCAGUAGAGAGUCUAUUCACAACGCCGACGGAGGGGGAACAGACGGCAUCCGACGGUAGAAAUCGCGCAUAUAGCCUCCCGCAUGGUUUACAUCCGCAGCUGUACGACCAGACCCCCCCUCCUUUGGAUUUCUAAAAAGGAAGAUAAAGGUGGAAAAUAUUUGCGCUUCGAUCCGGGGAGUUAUAUAAGAGCGGAGAGAGCGUCAACCUCGUCGCAGGGCCGGUGUGACUCAUUGAUAAAUAACAUGGGCUUUCUCUGGCCAGAUGCAUGAAUGAGCGCCAGUGUAGGGAAAUCUGUGAAAGAGACCCGCGUUUUUAAUAAGUGAUCCAUCUCACACGGACACGCAAGGGCGCAGAAACGAAUAGAAGAUUUCGUCUGAUUUUUUUUUAAACAGCCUUUGUGUAUUUUUUUCUUUUUCUUCUUUUAAUUUUACACCUCAGUUGCUCCAGUCGGCGCCGGGGUUGCUCGCGUUGCUGAGGGCCCUUCCAAGCUGAAGCCAAAGCGGACCCGACUGUGCAAGAAUUCUGAUUUUUUUUAAAUUAUUAUUAUUAUUAUUUUUGCUUCCUCUCUGCAGCCAGGAACUGUCCAGCUCCAGCUCUUUCUCGCCUCUCUUUUAAUCUUUUUUUUUACCCCACACCCCUGCUUAUAAAUGCUUGACAAGCUCAAGCCCGUCGCCCAGCUCGACUCGGUAAUGGCGAUCAGCAAGACGGUGGAAUGGCUCCGGGAGCAGCUGGAGACGCGCAGGGACGGCCUGCUUGUGAUGGACUGCCGGGCCCAGGAGCUCUAUGAGUCCUCGCACGUUGAGACAGCCAUCAACGUGGCCAUACCGAGCCUCAUGCUGCGCCGGCUCAAGAAGGGCAACCUGCCCGUCAGGUCGCUCCUCUCCGACGGCGAGGACCGGGAGAGAUUUGCGCGGCGGUGCAAGACGGACACCAUCGUGCUGUACGACGAAUACAGCCGGGAGUGGAACGAAAACGUGGACGGGGGAUCCGUGCUGGGCUUAUUGCUGAGGAGGAUGAAGGACGAGGGUUACAAGGCCUAUUAUCUGGAGGGUGGGUUCAGCAAAUUCCAAGCAGAGUACCCCGCUCUGUGCGAAACCAACUUGGACGGCUCUUCCAACAGCAGCUCCCCCACCGCCCAGGUGCUGGGCCUCGGCGGGCUGCGGAUCAGCUCCGACUCCUCUGACAUCGAGUCGGACAUCGACCGGGAUCCGAGCAGCGCCACGGACUCGGACGGCAGCCCCCUGUCCAACCCGCAGCCCUCCUUCCCGGUGGAGAUCCUGCCGCACCUGUAUCUGGGCUGCGCCAAGGACUCCACCAACCUGGACAUCCUGGAGGAGUACGGCAUCAAGUACAUCCUGAACGUGACGCCCAACCUGCCCAACCUCUUUGAAAACGCAGGGGAGUUUAAGUACAAACAGAUUCCCAUCUCGGAUCACUGGAGCCAGAAUCUCUCACAGUUCUUCCCCGAGGCCAUCAGCUUUAUUGACGAGGCACGUGGCCAGAAGUGCGGCGUCCUGGUUCACUGCCUGGCCGGCAUCAGCCGCUCAGUGACAGUGACGGUAGCCUACCUGAUGCAGAAGCUCAACCUGUCCAUGAAUGACGCCUAUGACAUCGUCAAGAUGAAGAAGUCCAACAUCUCACCCAACUUCAACUUCAUGGGUCAGCUCCUGGACUUUGAGCGCACGCUCGGCCUCAAGAGCCCGUGUGACAACCGCAUGGCAGCGCCGAGCCAGCCGCUCUACUUCACCACUCCAACCAACCACAACGUCUUCCAGCUGGACCCCCUCGAGUCCACGUGAGGACGCGUCCGGCGCUGCCGCCCCCUUUUUACUGGCAGUGGAGGUGCGUGGGCCUCCUGUGGAAAAGCUGCAAAAAAGUUUCUCUUUUAUCCGUCGCCUGCCGUGUGACUGGGCUCCUGACGUUAUUGAUACAGCUGGCUUGAGGCGACAGCUGCCAAGCGCGGUCGCCGGAGGGCCAACACUGUCUGGCCAACACCAAGACGCAGCUGCUGCAGACUAAAUGAGGAGAGACAGUGAAAGAGAGAGAGAAAGGGGAACAGUCAUUUAGAGAGAGCACAGAUACUUUCUUCAAUCCUAUAUCGCUGUCAGACUCUUGAAGUCUUUUAUCUCUUUUUGUCAGUGCAUCUGAGGAAACGUGAAGUGAUUUGACGGACAGUUGUAUGUUAUGCCUCAAAUUCCUAGGCUGGUGUGCCAAAGAGACAUGAUUGUUCAAAAUGGACAAAUUGUAGAAAUCAAUAUAAAAACCCUUUUUUAUUUUUUUGUUUUGGGGUUGUGGGAUUCUAGCACUCGCACCCUCAAGACUUUUUCGGGGUGCAAUAUGUCCUUCGUCUUCUGUGAAGACUUGCCUGUGUGGGGUUGAAGAGCCCCUGGUUUUAGAUGGCACAGUAUACUGGACUCAAUUUUACACGUGUGGAGUCUUUUGAAACAUUUAUACAUUGUGUAUAUAUCUUAAUAUAAGAGACAAUACAGUAAAGCCUUGCUCUAGUAUAUACCCUUUGCAACAAGUGGGUACUGAAGAUUCUCUUUGUUUCAUCUUCUACUUUUAUGUAAGCAAACAAACUGCAUAUUGAUCAGUAUGAUUAAGUUGAUUAUGCCAAAAAUCAAGUAGGCUUUCCAAGAAUUGUGCAAAAAUGUGUAUAUGUGUAAUAUAUUUGAUAAUCGCUUUAUGUGUGAAUUCAGCCGAUAGGCCUUGUUUUUACACCCACCCUCACACAAAUCAAAGUCACCUUGGUUGUAUGCCUUAGUUUUGUGCACAGAAGGUUUUACUGCGCAUUAACCUUGUAGAGUAACUCCCUUAAUUCAGCUGUCACAACUUCCCCCAAUAUCACAGCAUCCUAAAGAUUUUACUCUUUCUAUCACAAACAAAAAAGAGGUCAAACCUUAUGCCGUCUUUUAACAGGACCGAUUUUCCUAAGUGCUGGAGCAACUUGUAAUUUGGUACUUCACAAAUUUACUGCAAAAGCUUUACGGUAACAUUAAUGAAUCCCAACCUGUGACCGGCUGUACGGGGCUCUCUGAAGGUCAAUGCGAGUAAUACCGAUCUGUGUACAAGGGUUAAAAGUCUCUGAGAUGUGGACAAAGCAGGAGGCAUUGCUCGCCUCGCUUCUUCAGGGAAAAACUCUGUGAAAUGCAGUUUUUAUUUGUCAUGUUGAGAGAAAAGAAUCAGAGCUUCGGAGGGUCGUGUUUCCUCCCCUCCAGAGAGAAGGCCUGUUUCUAGAGGAAGCCAUCUCGGCGACCUCUGCCACCCCUCCACACUCCUUUUACGAAUGUAAAGAAAAGAUAAGUUAUUAAUAAAUUGCUAUUUUGUCUACAC